GUUGUUUGUGUUUUGUUUUUUUUUUGUUAUCUUCUUCUUGCCUGAAAGAACAGAACUCACAACUCUCAAAAGAUUUUUGCUUUUCUCUUUUGGUCAAGUAGAGAGAGACAGAGAAAAAUAAUUGAUCUUUGUGACGAUGUUGGAAGAUUAUGGUAUAACGGAGGAAGAUCUGGUGAUCGAGGAAGCUCAGGGCUAUCCGAGAGCUUACGCUAAGAUCUGCCGCGAUUUUGAUGUUUUCCCGUAUAGAAAUGGUCCUCCUUUUACAUUCGUGCCCUACAUUCUUCAGCAGAACGAGAGCUUGAGAUGCAGAGAAGUAGAUGAUAUGUUUCCAGUAAUUGAUCCGAAAGCGAGACCAACCGCAAAACCGAAGAUCUUCCUGAGUCUCCUUUGGAAACAACUUAAUCAUCUAGGAAAUGCUGGGUUUGAUCCAGCUGUUAUUCGGAUUGAUCCGUAUGGGAAUGUUGUUUACUUCCACGCUGAUUCUGCUUCUCCUCUUGCUUGGGGUUUUGAUCAUUGGUUCCCUUGCUCAAGGGGAGGAUUAACAGUACCAAGCAACCUAAGGGUAGUGCAAUGGCAGGCACGCAAGAACAAGAAGGACAAACUUGAGUUCCUAGUACCAUGGUGGGAUCUUCAAGUUGGGAUUUCAGUUAAUCAGUUCUUGUCCAUUUUUGCUGCUUCUAGCUCUGAUUUCAGGAGGAGAGCAUUUUCAUUCUUGUUCAAAGAAGGUGAAACCGAGGAACUUAAUGGUUCACAAACGGUUGAUUCACACCAUUUCCCGCAACAUUUUGUUGAAUCGAAAGAGAAGUAUGGGCUUGCCUCAGCUGCAGUUGUUGUUUCUAGAAGAGAUCCUUAUGAUCCUUCAUUAGUCUUGAGAUCGCUUGAUUACAAUCGUCAAACACCUGCAAGGAAGAUGAGAUUCGGUGCAACCAAAGAGAAUGAGACUCCAGACUUGAUGAAAAAUUCUUAUCAAGCCAUUGCUGCUGCGAGGGACUCACUGAGACACCGAGAGGAAUCGCAGAAUAUGAGAGCUGAGAUGAAAAAGUUAGAUGACGAAACAAAUGAUUUGACAAGAACGAACAAUGAAGAGCGGCUUACCAUUCAGGAGCUGGAGAACGAGCUGGUUAAGCGAAGAAGAAGAGCUGAAAAGUGCAGGAGAUUGGCAGAAGCUCAAUGCUCGUACAGGAAUACACUUGAGAAAAUGAUCCGCGAUGCUAUGCACCAGAGUGUUGUGUAUAAAGAACAAGUGAGGUUAAACCAGGCAGCGAGUGGUGCGCUUAUGGCAAGACUAGAGGCGCAAAAGGCUAUUUGUGAUAGUUCAGAGAAAGAACUUCACAAGAAGUUUAAAGAAAGAGAGGAGCUGGAGAGUCAAGUGAGGCCUGAACUAGAGAAAGCAAGGAAACGAUCGAGACAUUUGCUGAAAGAUGAAGAUGACCUAUUGCUAGAAGAGAGAGACAGGAAGCUCUCUCUGUAUCUUCCAGGAACAAGUGAAGAAAUGUCUUCACACAAGGAGUUAAGGGUAUACUUUGAGGAGGAGCAUAAAGCAGCAGCUUCUGAGGCUGAAACUCAGAAGCAGGGGGAAAUAGAGGAGGUGGAAGAGGAACAGCAGAAUGCAGAGGUAUCUGAGAAGUCCCUUGUCGCGUUAGAAGAUAAUGAACCGGUUGAAAAAAAGGUGGGUGUAGAAGAAGGGAAGAGAGGCAGCAGAAGCUUCAGAGCAUUCCAUGUUUUCAAGGCACCAGAGAGUGAGGAAGAUGAGGAAAGCAGGAUAGAGCGAGGGAAAGGAAAUGUUGAGAACUGGCUUCAUAUUUUACUGGAGAACAACAGCAAAAACGGUCCAUGUGAUCUUCAAACCGAAGGAAGCAACAAGAAGAUUGAUGAAAUGAUAGAGAAACUGGACCAAAAGUUCCCAAUGCUUGAAAAGGUUGAUGAAGAAGUGGACUUGAAGUUGCAGGCUGAGGAGACAAACAACAACACAAGCAAGGUGGAAACAAGAACUGAAAGUUCUCAUAGAAGCAGAAUGAGUUUUGAUUUGAAGAACACACCAGAGAAGAGUGGCAGAGACAAAGUGGUAAAGAGAUCAGAGAGUGCUAGAGCUUUCAGAAGGAUUCCAUCAUCUCCAUCGCUUAUCUUCGGAAUGAAAAAGGGAAUUGACUGCAUCAGGAAGAAGCCAGUGGUUUCAAGGAAUGAUGAUGAGAGCGAAUAUCUUGUUAAGAACAACUUCAUCAAGUCAUCUCUCCAAACAAUCAAACGAGCUGUCAAAUUUUAAAGAUUCUGAUGAAAGCUUUCAUCGAUACACUCCCACAUAUCUACAUAUAUGCAUUUGUUUAUUGUUGUGAUCAAGUUGGUUUAUUCAUUAUUGUGUAUAAAAAGACUACUCCAUUGUUGCUC